AUGCCUAUCGAAGACUUUGUCACUUCUUUCCCUGCUCCACUUACGUUGGGUACUUCCAUUGACCACUGGAAGUAUGAGGACCUCACUCGAAUCCUCGGCAGAGUGUAUAAUGGCAUUGAUUUGGCCGAGGUCCUUAACGCUCCCAAUGCGGAUGAGCUCCUUCGUGAUCUAGCUGUUACCAUCUCUCACCGUGGCGUUGUCGUCUUCCGGGACCAGAAGAACCUCACUUCAGACCAGCAAAAGUCCUUCACCCAUCGUCUUGGACAAUUGACUGGCAAGCCUGAUGAGUCUACUAUUCAUAUCCACCCCAUCAACCACACCGUCCACAAAGAGGGCGAGAAGCCCGAUCUGGAAAUGUCUACAAUUGCCCGCAACCCAGAAAACAUGCUUUCCAAGCAGAGUGGCGUGGUGGCCGGCAAGAAGACGUUGAAGAAACAAAGCGUUGCCGAUGGCUGGCACUCGGAUAUCGCCUUUGAGCGCAUCACAUCCGACUACACCACUCUAGUCAACAAAGUUCGCCCUUCAACCGGUGGUGAUACAGUUUUCGCCAGCGCCUAUGAGGUCUACGACCGCAUUAGUCCCCCAUGGAGAGCCUUUCUGGAAACUCUUACCGGCACUUUCUCUCCCGUUGGCUACAGUCCUAACCCUGACCAUACUCACCUCUACCAGGUCGCUAGAGGCCAUCCCAACAAUGUUGACCAGUCGCUGACUGCUGAGCAUCCCAUUGUGAGAACGAACCCGGUUACCGGAUGGAAAUCCAUCUUUGGUGUUGGUCAUCAUCUGCAAUCUGUGAAUGAACUGGCUCCAGAUGAAAGCGAGCAUAUCAAGAGUUACUUAAUGAAAUUGAUUACCGACAAUCAUGAUCUUCAGGCCCGUAUCAAGUGGGAGGUCGAUGAUCUGGCCGUGUUUGAUAAUCGUGCUGUCUACCAUACUGCUACUUACGAUUACGAUGAGCCUCGGGUUUGCCUUCGUGUGGUUGCUGUCGGUGAGGCACCUGCACUAGACCCUAAGGGUGUGUCUCGCAGUGAUGAUCUUGAUUUGUAG